GAGAGAUCCAGCCGACCCCAGAAGAAGGUUGGCAUUGCGCGACACAUGCAAUUCAAGACAAGAAAUCAUCAAAGCCGUGCCAGUCUUUCUCUGGCUUUAGUGUAGGUUAAGUUGUGAAAUACAUUACUAUUUGCUUAUCUUCAUCUAUGUUUGGAGGUCCUGUGACAGUUCCUUCCAAUAGCCCACACUUACGGAAGUCUGGAAGCAGACCUGUUUUCUCUGAUCUUGGUACUGGUGAGCUGGAAAAUGGUGUUGAGGAAGGUUUCUUGCAUUCAAUAGAGGCAAAUGAUAUGAAGGGUGUGAGUACACCAGUGAGCACUGCAGCAAUCAUGCCAUCGCCUAUUUUAUUAUGGAGAUUCAAGGUACUGUUACUCUUUGUCUGGGGUUUCUGUUGUUGCAAGAUUGGAUGGGCUUCUGUAAUGAGAAUGGGUGCUGACUUAAGGGAUUUGUUUCUAUAUGAGGCAUUUUUGUAUUACAAUCCUCUUCUUCUUGUGACUAUGAUGGUUUGGCUUUGGGGUAUCAAUUUGUGGUUUUUUUCCCAAGCCAAUGUCAAUUAUGCAAAAAUUUUUGAUCUUGAUCAAAAUCAUCUAACUCACAGAGAAAUUUGGAAGUGUGCUACAUGGAUGACCAUCAUUGUGCCAACUAGCAUGACAGCUUAUCUUUAUCUUUAUUCUCAUGGAGAAGUAUCUUUGGCUGCUUCACAACCAGUGUUCUUAUAUUGUGGUGUUGCAAUGGUUUUGAUAUUCCCUUUUGAUAUUUUUUAUUUGUCAUCCCGCUAUUACUUGUUAAGGACUCUUUGGCGUAUACUUCUACCACUACAGGCAAUAUCAUUUUCUGAUUUUUUCUUAGCUGAUAUCUUGACCUCCAUGGCAAAGGUUUUCUCAGAUUUGGAGCGUUCAGUAUGUAGAAUGGUCCAUCGACAGGUUGCCACUAUAGCAUGGUUUGAAGCUGAUUCUGUUUGUGGCAGUCACUCUGUUGCAAUCCCUGUAAUUCUUGUUUUGCCUUACCUUUUUCGUUUCUUCCAAUGUCUUCGGCAAUACAAGGAUACUGGGGAGAAAACAGCCGUUCUGAAUGCUUUAAAAUAUUCGACGGCAGUACCAGUGAUUUUUCUUUCAGCCCUUAAAUAUCAUGUCUUCCCUGAUAGGUGGACAAGCUUUUAUCGGCCUCUCUGGCUUCUCUCUAGUGUUUUGAAUUCUUUGUACUCAUUCUACUGGGAUGUGACCCGAGACUGGGACUUGAGUGGCUUCACUCGGAUAUUCAAGUUCAACAAACCUCAUCUCUGCUCAAACCUGUUACAUGGACGAAAAUGGGUUUAUUUUUGGGUGAUCGGAAGCAAUCUUGUAAUGCGUUGCACAUGGACAUACAAGUUGUCUGCACAUCUUCGCCAUAAUUACCUAACCGUUUUCGGGAUCACUGCCUUGGAGAUUUUCCGCCGCUUUCAGUGGAUUUUCUUCCGUGUGGAAAAUGAGUUGAAUAAGAUGAACUCCAAGUCAAAUAUCCAGCUUUCAAUGAAUGACAUCCCAAAUGAGGAAGAGAAGAAGUUGCUUGAUUCUAGUGUGCACAGUGUAUAGAGAAUCAGACGGUCAAUGUCUUGCUAGCAGAAUCAUUUGAGGUUUAGUAAAAUAUUUUGGCCACCAGGGUUCACCAUUCUAUUUGGGACUUCAUUUUUAUACGAGGAUGUUGAAAAUUUUCCUUUGUUCAUAAAGAAAAAAGAUUGUUCAAUCAUUAGAUAUUUGAUAGAUAUAUUGAUUCAAUUUAUUACAGUAUCAUUGUUUAUUGUA